GCAGGUGUCUUCUUUCUCACCGAACACUUUGCAGCCACACAACAAGAGCCUCAGCAUCAAUAUCUCGCAGGCGUCGCAGCUGAAGAUCAAAUCGAACACAAACUCAACCUUUGUGACUAGUCCCAAUCCAACGCCACCGCUCUCAGCCAACCCACCACCAAGCGUACUGGCGCCAACAUCGAAACAAGUUAGGGCCAGUCUACUGCCAGCCGUAGCGCAACAUAAGAGACCCAUUGUGGCCUAUAACCAACUCGCGUCAAAGCAGAUCAUAGAGGCCGGGGGUGGUGUGAGCGUGGCCAAGGAGGCGCUGCUGCAGUCGUAUCUGGAACAGUGGACGCCGAGCGAUGCGGUGAUGCAGCGAAUGGCCGAUGUGCUGGAGCAGACCGAGAAUAUCUAUGCAAAUGCCCGGAAGUGCAGGAACCUUGGUAUCAAGCGGGCUACAAGGGUGGGGUCGUACGCGCAAGAAACCAUUCUCAUGGCGAACAAUGCUAUUGACAUUGUUAUAGAAGCUGCCGACGGAGAGGACCUCCGUCAAACAACCUCGAAGGU